GAAGACAUAAACAUUGAGUUAACUUCUUUACAGAGCAGGCAGGAAAAGACACAGCCUAGAUUCUGAAGCCAGGCCAUUCUCUAGGAAAGGAUUAGCCAAUUAACAGGAUGCCCUUUGCCUCUCAGGACACAAUGAUCUGAAGAUGAGUCUGAUUGCAACAAGGUUGAGAACAAUCAUCAGACGCAACUAAUUGGACAGACCAUGGAUUCUUAUAAUGUACCAGAGUCAACUCCUAGUGCAUCCUCAAGACCUGAAGAUUACUUUGUAGGUGCCACUCCUCUGCAAAAACGAUUAGAAUCAAUCAGGAAACAGACUUCAUUUAUCCCGACUCCACCUCGGAGGAAAGUUCCCCAGUGUUCACAGUUGCAGGAAGAUGUUGACCCUCAAAAGGUUGCAUUCCUUCUGCAUAAACAGUGGACUUUAUAUAGUUUAACUCCCUUAUAUAAAUUCUCCUAUAGUAAUCUCAAAGAAUAUUCUAGACUUCUGAAUGCUUUUAUUGUUGCUGAAAAGCAAAAAGGACUUGCUGUGGAAGUGGGAGAAGACUUCAACAUCAAAGUGAUUUUUUCUACUCUCCUAGGAAUGAAAGGAACACAAAGGGAUCCAGAAGCAUUUCUUGUCCAGAUUCUGUCAAAAUCUCAAUUGCCAUCUGAGAAUAGAGAAGGUAAAGUGUUGUGGACUGGCUGGUUCUGCUGUGUUUUUGGAGACAGUCUUCUGGAGACUGUUUCAGAAGAUUUCACCUGUCUGCCCUUAUUCCUUGCAAAUGGAGCAGAGUCUAACACAGCCAUAAUUGGAACUUGGUUUCAGAAAACCUUUGACUGUUAUUUCAGUCCUUUAACAAUCAAUGCAUUUAAUCUUUCCUGGAUGGCUGCCAUGUGGACUGCAUGCAAAGUGGACCAUUAUGUGGCUACUACUGAAUUUCUUUGGUCUGUACCCUGUAGCCCUCAAAGUCUGGACAUCUCUUAUGCAAUACAUCCAGAGGAUGCAAAAGCUCUAUGGGACAGCAUCCACAAAACACCUGGGGAGGUUACCCAGGAAGAAGUUGACCUAUUCAUGGACUGCCUUUAUUCACAUUUCCAUAGACAUUUCAAGAUUCAUUUAUCAGCCACAAGAUUGGUUCGUGUUUCAACAUCUGUAGCUUCAGCACAUACUGAUGGAAAAAUAAAGAUUCUGUGUCAUAAAUAUCUUAUCGGAGUGUUAGCAUACUUGACAGAACUGGCAGUUUUUCAAAUUGAGUGAAGCCUUAUGUGGACUAUAAGUUAUAGAUUAUAUACUCUUUUUCUUAUUGAUGACUUGCCUAAUUGCUAUGCUGAAAGAGACUGCAGGAGAAAUAGGCAUCUAUCUCUGCAUCUGUUUUCCCCACCAUGCCUUUGGAGUUGCCAAGAUGGAAGCCAAGAAGGAUCUAGAAGUACAAAGAAUAUGGUAGUAGAUGAGCCACAGCCAGGUGCCCAUGUACUAAUCAUGAUAACCUGGCAUGCCAAUCUCAAAAUGCUGAGUUGUUAAUUUCUUGUCAUCUUUAAAAAAAUAUAUAUAUAUAUAGGCUGGGCUUGGUGACUCACACCUGUAAUUCUAGCACUUUUGGAGGCUGAGGUGGGUGGCUCAUUUGAGGCCAGGAAUUCUAGACCAGCCUGGCCAACAUGGUGAAACCGCUGCUCUACUGAAAAUACAAAAAUUAGCUGGGUGUGGUGGCGCAUGCCUAUAAUCCCAGCUACUGGGGAGGCUGAGGCAGGAGAAUCGUUUGAACCCAGAAGACAGGCUGCAGUGAGCCAAGAUUGCACCACUGCACUCCAGUCUGGGCAACAAAGUGAGACUCUGCCUCAAAAAAUAAAAAAAAUAAAGUAAAUAAAUAUAGUGUUUAUUGUGUUUAAACUCUUAGGAUUCAAAUGAGAUAUAUCUAAUGGAUAUUUCUGAUUUGAGUCUUUAAAACCUUUAAUCUCUUUUAAGCAUUUUAGACUUGCAUUCAGAAAGAAUUCUGUCUUCUAAAGACAUUUUCCUAGCAUUUCACUGCAGAGAACUGGCAAUCAAAAUCCCCUCAAAAGGGAACUAAGGAUUAAUGUACACAUUUUUUUUAGUCACUAAUAUGCUUCUGUUUUAAAUACAGUUCAACUCCUGUUGCAAUGUUGAAUUAAAUGUUCGUUUUAAAGUGAA